AUGGCGUCUCAUUCCCGGCAAAUCGUAAGCUUUGUAUCGCGCUUUAACCGAAGCAGGUACCAUCCAUCCUCCAUUAGCUCAUCUUUUUCACAGUUUUCAUUUUCAACCCUGGAUUUUCAGUCAAACUCUUUAAAAGAUGAACCAGCAGUAAAUCAAAUCAAGAACCAAUCGGGUGUCGAUGAACGUUAUGUUCUGAACGAACUUUCUGAACUGUUACAAAUAUCUCGGAACAAUUCAGUUUCGAAUUUGUAUAAAGAGAGUGAUUCAGUGAAACAAAUCGACAGGAGGGUCGUUGAUGGGUUUUUAUUGCCUGAUGAGAUGUUACGAGGGGUUUUUCUUCAAAAACUGAGGGGCAAAACUGCAAUUGAAGAUGCUUUAACGAAUGUUAAUGUAGAUUUAAGUCUCGAUGUUGUUGCUAAAGUAGUGAAUAGGGGUAAUUUAGGCGGUGAAGCUAUGGUUACGUUCUUUAAUUGGGCAAUUAAGCAGCCAAAUAUUCCUAAAGAUGUUCAGAGUUACAACAUUAUUGUUAAAGCACUCGGCAGAAGAAAAUUUUUUAAUUUUAUGAUGGAUAUUUUGCGUGACAUGGUAAAAGAAGGAGUAAAACCUGAUCUAGAGACGGUAUCGAUAGUUUUGGAUAGCUUUAUUAGAGCUCGUCAAGUAUAUAAAGCUAUAAAAACGUUUGGAAAUUUGGAAGAGUUUGGGUUGAAAUGUGAUACGGAGUCUUUGAAUGUAAUGUUAAGGUGUUUAUGUCAACGGUUACAUGUAGGAGCUGCAAAUUCAUUUUUCAAUUCAAUGAGAGGGAAGGUGUUGUUUAAUGGAAAGACAUACGAUAUUAUAAUUGGUGGGUGGUCAAAGCUUGGUGAAGUUAGUGAGAUUGAGAGGGUUUUGAAGGAAAUGGUGGUUGAAGGUUUUAGUCCUGAUACUUCAACUUUCUGUUAUCUUAUUGAGGGCUUAGGAAGAGCUGGUAGAAUUGAUGAUGCCAUUGCGGUUUUUCAUGCCAUGAAGGAGAAAGGCUGUGGACCAGAUACGAAUGCUUACAAUGCAUUGAUUUCUAAUUACAUUUCAAUUGGAGAUUUUGAUGAAUGUAUGAAGUACUAUAAGGGUAUGUUGAGCAAUAAGUGUGACCCAAAUUUGGAUACUUACACAAAAUUGAUUCAUGGGUUGCUCAAAGCCCGAAAAGUUGCUGAUGCACUUGAGGUGUUUGAAGAGAUGUUAGAUAGAGGGCUUGUUCCAUCUAUGGGGACUAUAACCUCUUUCAUUGAACCUCUGUGUAGCUUUGGUCCACCCCAUGCUGCUAUGAUGAUCUAUAAGAAAGCAAGUAAUGCUGGUUGUAAACUAUCACUCAGUGCUUAUAAGUUAUUGCUCAUGCGGCUUUCUAGGUUUGGGAAAUGUGGAAUGCUACUAGAUUUAUGGUAUGAGAUGCAAGAAUGUGGUUAUUCUUCUGACUUGGAAGUCUAUGAAUAUGUCAUUACUGGCCUUUGCAAUGUAGGUCAGCUUGAAAAUGCUGUACUUGUCAUGGAGGAGUCUUUGCGCAAGGGUUUUUGCCCAAGCAGGCUUGUUUACAGCAAACUUAGUAACAAACUACUUGCUUCAAAUAAAUUAGACAGAGCUUAUAAGCUAUUUUUGAAGAUUAAAGCUGCUCGUCGUAAUGAAAAUGUUCGAAGGUUGUGGCGUGCUAAAGGCUGGCAUUUUUGAGCUGAUAUGAGUUUCACUUGCAAGUGAAGCAUUGCACAUUUUUUUUUUAAUUUUUUCAGCAGGUAGUUAUCUUGCCUGUGAAUAAGGUGCACACUUUGAUACAUAUGCAGCUGAAUUAAACAAGUCGUAGCUUUGAUAUGUGGCGUAAGAUACACCUAUAAUCAUUGUGACUGUGGAGGUCAGAAACUUGACUCUCACUAUAUUGUCAUUCAAAGGAAAGGAGUGAUCCUUGGAUUUUGGUUGGCACAUUCUAUUAUUCCAUUGUUGAUGAAAGCCUGCGGGUAGUUCAUUUUUCUCUCUUUGCCGCAUCUGACUUCUUACACUUCCGCUUGGUUUGAAGUGUUACUGGAUUUGAUGUCAAACUUGUUAUGCAGGAAAAAGAGUAAACUGCAAAUAUCGUUGUUUCUAUCUUGAAUGGCCUUCAGUUUGCCGCCGGUAGAGGAGAAACCGAACACAGCUGAUGCACAAUUCCAUGUUGGCAUUGGUUGAAUUCGAUUCUUAAAGAUUCCCACGCUGUCUUGUUAAUAGAUCAUGUACUUCAGUUCAUCUUUCAUCUCACUGGGAAUCUGUGGUGUGGCCGUGCAACUUUUAAGAGAAUUGUUUCCCCUGUAAUCUGUAAUUUAUUAUAACACUGGCAAAUGUUAGUUUGAUUACAUAGAUUUUAUCUUGAUAACACACUUCAUAGACUAAACUCCAUUGGACUGAUGGAAAAACAUUUCAAAGCCACUGAUGUUUAGGUGAAUAG